AUGGAGACUCCUACUUCUCCAUCCCAUGUUAUCGUCGCGUAUGAUGCUACUAAAGUCCGCAAUGAGCACGAAUUCACGGUGACGCUCCACAACAUGCAAACGAGAGGUGACAUUCUUCGAGGAGGUGACACCAUUGUCAUGCUCGGGGUGCUACAUAAGGUGCAACACCCUAUGGGAUAUCACCUUGCAACCACACCAGAUGUUUCUUCGGUUCGUGCAGUGGAGGAAGAAGUCUCCAAGAAGAUAGAGACUUUUGAACACAUGUUACUGGGGUGUGCUGAGAACUGUGAAGACCAACGGAUAAAUCUUGAAGUUAAAAUAACAGCAGGAUACCCACUUAAGCAAGUGAUUCUGCAAGAAGUCAUGACCUGCAAACCAACUUGUGUCAUUCUUGACAGGCACUUAAGACGGGACUUGAGGUUUUACCUAAAACAGAUUCCUUGCAAAGUUGCAAUUAUUCAAGAUAGUCUGUCGGUGGAUGUUUUGAGGCCUGAAACCGCAAUCGACACGGACUCAAUGGAGCACAAGUCAUUCUACUCUAUUACUAAAUCCGUUCUGCCGACUAAAGAGGAGAACAAUAUCAUCUCAAUCUAUCAAGGCAUCCAGAAAAAGACCGCCUCUCGGGGCAGAUUCUCAGAAGCGCCGAUCCUUUGUUCAAGUUGUGGCACACGGACCAAACUAUACAUUAAGGAUGCUAUGCCUUUCAGCUUCAAUGAGAUACAGCUCGCAACCCAGGAUUUUUCAAAGGAUAAUUUGGUUGGAGAAGGUGGGUAUGGCUACGUCUACAAGGGCCAGCUCAAAGACGGUCAGGAGAUCGCGGCGAAGGUGCGGAAGGAGGCUAGCACGCAAGGUUUCAUGGAGUUCAAUUCUGAGAUACACGUGCUGAGUUUCGCGCGCCACAAGAACAUUGUGAUGCUGUUGGGCUACUGUUGCAAGGAGAACCUCAAUGUGUUGGUGUAUGAAUACAUCUGCAACAAAUCCCUCGACUGGCAUCUAUUUGACAAUCCAACAAGUGUCUUAGAGUGGCAUCGCCGAUAUGCGAUAGCCAUUGGAACAGCAAAAGGUCUGCGCUUUCUACACGAAGAGUAUCGCGGUGGCCCGAUAAUUCAUCGCGACAUGCGACCCGGCAACAUAUUGCUCACGCACGACUUCGUGCCCAUGCUAGGUGACUUUGGCCUAGCUAAGUGGAAAACAAGUGAUGAUCCAGAGCACACAAGGAUUCUUGGAACAUUAGGGUACUUGGCACCGGAAUAUGCAGAGAAUGGGAUGGUUUCCAUAAGAACAGAUGUGUAUGCAUAUGGGAUGGUUCUCUUACAACUCAUAUCAGGGCGUAAGGUAGUUGAUCCUAAGAGUGACAAGCCACAUCAGUCUCUGAGACAGUGGGCGGAACCACUCCUCGAGAAGAUGGAACUGCACGAACUCAUCGAUGAUCGGAUCGGUGAGUGUUACGACACAUACGAGCUCUACCUCAUGGCCAAAGCGAUACACUUGUGCCUGAAAAGGAAUCCCGAACUAAGACCCUCGAUGGGAGAGGUUGUGCAGAUCCUCGAAGGGAAGCCCAAUCGAAUGCACAACUGGAGGGAGCAUCAAAUGAUCAGGGCUAUGGAGAACGACGGCCAGCACAUGUCUGGUCCAGACGGCAAAGAACGAAGCCCCACCCGCAUAUUCCCUCCAAGCGCGACGUCUCUUGCACGCAGCAUCUGGCGCCCACUUGGAGGCGCCUCGGCCGCCCGCCUCCCCCGUCGGGGGCGGGGGCGCGUGAGGGACAGGCGGCCCGCGGGCGAGUCGUCCACGGCGGAGCAAUCCGAUUCGCUCCCGGUUGAUGAGGUUGGUGGUGGGGGUUGUGACAGACAAAUGUUUGGUCGCCGCGUCAUUAGCAGCAGAGCAUCAUCCUACUCUCAGUUGUCUUAA